GAAAAUUUGGCCGACACUGGAACGAGCUCCAUUCAGCUUCAAGUGAGAGAGCAUCCAACUCUCAGCAAAUUGUUACGACAGCCUCAGAGCUGGCCUCAUACCUGGUGCAUCACUCUUAGUCCGACCCACAGCCACCUUUUCCUCCAAACCUCUUGUCUAUCAGUCUUGCAUCUAGGUGGGGAAAAAAAAGGAGCCAAAACCGAACACACAAUGCCACCCUCCCGCGCCCUCGCCGGAGGCGUGGCCUUCCUCUCCUCUGCAGCUCGCGGAUCCCGAGCCUCGACCUCGGCGCUGCGCCAAUUCACAACAACGACUGCCUCGCCUUACAAGCAACCCAAGGGCCCCGCGACGCGCGAGCUGCCCAUCCCGUCACCGUCGGCACAGCACCCCGAGAUCCCAGCUUACCCCUUUGGUCCGCGGGCGACGUACAAGCAGUCCAACAAGGGCCUGUACGGGUCGGCGUCGAUCCGGUUCGGCAACAAUGUGUCGGAAAAGUACAACGUGAAGACGCGGCGCAAGUGGCGACCCAAUGUGCAGACGCGGCGGCUGUACUCGGAGUCGCUGGGUCAGAUGAUCAGGACCCGCGUCACCACGAGGGUACUACGGACCAUUGACAAGGUCGGUGGCCUCGACAACUACCUGCUCGGCACAAAGACCCAGAGGCUCAAGGACCUGGGCCCUUGGGGAUGGAGGCUCAGGUGGCGCAUCAUGCAGACCCCUAAGGUCCGGGCCAUGUUUGCCCGCCAGCGCGAGGAGCUUGGCCUGCCGCCCCAGGGCGCCGUGCAGGAGUUCUUGCCCGAGGGGGAGACGGCUGAAAGCCUCAUGAGGCAAACGGACGAGAUGCUCAGUCGCGAGGAUGAGUUUGAGAUUGGUGAGCAGGAGGCGGAUGUCCACGUGGAUGUUGUGCCAGAUAACUUCAUGGCCGAGGAGAAGAGGCCGAGCGGCGCAGAGGUGAAGAACCUGUAGGAAGAAAGCAAGGGCCAUUUCGUCUUAUGUUGAAAAGGCUCCGUGUAUCAUACUGUAAGGGUUUAUGACUACUUAGAGCUCUGGGUGCGUCAUAAAACGAUUUUGUAACAUACGCUUGCUACGCAAGUUCGGGCUUUAUAGUACUGAAGCUUCUUUUUCUGUUCAUUUUUUAUCUCAAAGCCUAAAAGCGCCUGUAAUGGUAUACCUCCAAAUCAUCUCGAUAUUUGCUCCCG